UUAAAUCCAAAUGUCAAAAAAUCUCCUUGUUGCCCCUUUUUUCUUUUUUUUUUUUCUUUUUUUUUUUUUGUGGUUAGUGCAUUUUUCCAGGUGCCCCGCUCAUUGGUGUCACUCAUUAACUCAGCCAAGCCCUGCUGGGCUGCCGAUAGUGUGACAGUUACUCGAACAUCUUUUACAGUUGCAAGGUCUGCUCGGUGCUGUCGACUCCUUGUUUUGAAAAGGCCUGCAUUUGGAAAUGUUCACCCUGGAUGGACGUCUUUACGGUGAUAUCCUGGAGUCAACAUGUCAGGCCUCUCCCCAUCAUCAUCGCCACCAAUUCAUCAAACGUUGCUCAGCUGAAUGUGAAUCCAACUCUAAUUAAAUGCUCACGAUCAUCACUUAAUCUGAUUUUUUUGAAACUUAACUUUAAAAAGUGGGGCCCAUCCAUGCCUGGUGAGUGACAUGGGUGGCAGCGAAUGUACCGUUAAGUGUGGAGUGCAAGAACUAAUGAUACAUCAUUUGUUAAUGAUGCUUUGUUUAUAUUCAUAUACGCAGCUGUCCCGAGACAAAAUUCUCCUAAGGGAGACAAAGCAAGAGCAACCUUGACCCUUGACCUCAUCAUCAUCAUCAUCAUCAUCAUCAUCAAUAUCAACAUGUUGUUCCUGGCGCACACAGGCCAUUGGCAAUUUUUGGGCUUGCUGGCCGGCUGCCUGGCGUGGAUCCUCACCAUGGCCACGACGGGCAUGGACGAGUGGCGCCUGUGGCACUUGCACCCCGACAACUGCACGUCCAUCAUCACCUCGGGCGUGGCCUGGGUGGGCAUCUGGCGAGCUUGCUUCCACAGCCAUGCCUUACCCAAGAUGGAAAACUGCCAGACUAUGACCAUAUCGGAUCGUUUUGUCCCGGUGGAAAUACGGGUGGCGCAGGUUCUCAUGGCACUGGCCAUGUUGGGCGGCCUGGCGGGCAAUGCCGCCGCAGUCCAGGCGGUGAGGCGGGUUUACUUCACAAUGGAAUGUCAUGGCGGUGUGCGUGCAGCCUUCAUCCUUGCGGGGGCGCUCUAUCUCUUCACCGCGGCUCUCGUCCUCGUGCCCCUGGUGUGGAACGCGAGCGCGGUGGUGAACAACGCUACCAUCCCCUUCCCGCCCCGCUUCGGGCUUCCCGACGCUCCCGCCGGCCAGCAAGUCGGCACAGCUGUUAGGGUGGGCUUCGUGGCCGCCGUCCUCAUGAUUGUCAGCGGGCUGCUGUUUCUCGCCCACCGGCACGUGUGGAGGACCCUCGAACCCGAGCUGCAUGGAAGGGGGUUGGCAGAGGCGGACAAGCAAGGCAGGGAUAAUCCCGCUUUUCAUGCUGAUCAAGUGUCGUGAUGAGAAAAUGAUAUAAAUGUACCUGUUUUUAUUCAUCUCAGACACAGACGUGUAGAUUUUGGACUAACGAUCCGUUUUACUCGCCCUGGCGAGAAGUGAAGCCACAGGCGGCCAUUCUAUGUUGCCAUUCACUAAGUGCGCCAAACUUGAAGACUGUACAUUGAUUUGGCUGCGGUGUUUUCUGUCUCUUUGGUGAAAACGGCGAUGUGUGGCGUACGGUUACACCAGCUUGUCUGGAAGAAGCGCUACAUGCAAAUUUCAUAGGUAAGAAUGCGAUUGCAAAUUUUCUCUUAAGGUAUAUUUCCGAC